AUGCAGCCUUGCAGUGGCUGUCGAUUAACCGGCAGCACCGCGGCGCUGUUGCCUGAGGGGAAAAAAAAGAAAAGCCCCGCGGUGUUCGUCACGGCGCUGCUGCUCACACUACUUCUCUCCGACACCUCGCAGGAACACGGCGGGGCGAUCAGCACAGAUCUCACGAGUUGCCGCAGUCCAUCACUGCUGCAGCAACUCGCCUCCUUCGCGGCGCUGCGGGAAGUGGCGGAGGAGGAGCAGUUGGAUUGGGGCGCGCCACUCGUGCUCGGGCGGCAGAAACGCUACAGUCUAUGCGUACAGCCAAGCAACAGCGAAUAUCAACAUCAAGAUCAACAAGAAAAAGAAAAAGAAAGAAAGAAGGAAGAAGAAGAAGGAGAAGAAUUGGAGAGAGUCUCGGAUGAAUGUACAAGCGACUCCGCCACGGGAUCAUCGCGUCGACGGCCACAUCGUCGUCAACAUCGGCGAAAGAAAUCUGCCCAACAACAGGGAUGUGAUGAGCAUGAGAACAAUCAUCAUAAUAAAGAUAAUGUUGUUUGCCAAGGCGAUCAGAAGUAUGAAGAGGAUGGGAUGAGAAGUCAGAAAACCAUCAGUGGUUGCAGCACCAGUGCGAGUUGUGGAGAAAGCAGUGCGGGUUCACUGGAAUGUGUGGAAACACCGCGUGGAAGUCGUUUUUCUCUCACAAAUACACCCACUCUCUCUUCUCUUACGCAGUGUCUAUGGUCGCAGCUGCAUGUGAUGGAGAUUGCACUCAGCACACAAGAUAACAAUUUCCUGCACAUCACACAACGAUUCGUGCAGUAUGAGGCGAUGUAUCCAAUUGUCUACCGCACAGAUAUCAGUCGAGUAAUGGCCCCGCAGGAGGAGGAACUUCUCGCAGCGCCGACAACAGGACUGCAGUCCUCACGUUUCUGGUCCUGUCGAUCCUGCGGAAAGGCACAUGAUGUUGUGCGUGAGAGUUGUCUGCGGUGUCGACGGCAUGCCGGGCCGUACACAAAACUAUUUUUUGGCCAAACGAUAAAAGAAGUGAAUUGUGCUCGGAGUCUUUUGCGGCUUUUAUACGCCACACAUCCGGGAGUUGUGAUUCAUCGAAUUGAGGCCCAUGAGAAUGAAGAUGGACGUCAUCGUGGUUGUGCAUCUGUGUAUGUAUCUGUGGAUGCCGCUUCGGAGUUGAUAUCUAAAUUAAAUGGAAAUGUUUUCUUUGACUCCAACCGUAUAUUUCCCUCUUCUUCUUCUUCUAAUGAUGAUAAUAAUAUUAAUAUGGAUGGAUUGUAUGUGGAUUAUGUAUACACAUCUCAACGGCCGUGGCUGGAGGCACUCAUUGCUGCCAGAACUUCACAGCGGCAUCAUAAUAACACUAUGCCGUGGGGUGCACUCGUGGUGGAGGAAUCAAAAGGAAAGGCGCACAGCACAACAACACCAUCAAUAAAAAUAAAAAAAAACAUCAAAAACAACAAAUCAUUAUGA